UUCUGUCAUUGUCUUGUCAACGAGCCGUGGUCGUAGAUUGCUACAGUGCCAAUUUAUAAUUCCACAAUUAAAUAAUUCCACUCUCACAAUGUCUGCUAAAUUCCAAGAUUACAAAGAUAGUUUGGAGCGCAGUCUCAACGACAAAGCCAAGCCAUGGACGAAAUAUUUCGAAUUGGCUGAAAAAAAAACCGGCGUAAACCGAGUCUAUCUCUUCGUUGGUAUGGUGGCGUUCACUGGUUUAUAUUUAGUGUUCGGGUUUGGAGCUGAAUUGAUUUGCAACUCGAUUGGCUUCGUGUACCCGGCGUAUAUGUCUAUGAAGGCCCUAGAGUCGCCGAAUAAAGACGAUGACACUAAAUGGCUGACGUACUGGGUGGUGUUCGCAUGCUUCUCAAUUGUGGAGUACUUCUCGGACUUCAUUGUGGGAUGGUUCCCUCUGUAUUGGCUCAUAAAGUGCAUCUUCGUCAUAUGGUGCUACCUGCCGACGGAGUUCAACGGCUCGCUGAUCAUCUACAACCGCAUCAUCCGCCCAUACUACCAGAAGCACCACAACCGCAUCGAUGGCAUGGCUAACUCGGCCAGCCGCUUGGUAGCAGACGCAGUAAGGAAGAACAACUAAAACAAUAAAAUAUAAAAAAUAAAUUUCUGUGGGAAGCGAAAGUACAAAUUUUUUUCUGCACCCGCUUUCACGAGCUUCGCAGCACUCUCACCAACCGUAUAUAAUAAUUAUUGAAAUACAAAUUAUCAGGACAAAAGUAAGCAGAGACAAAGCAGUCCAUGUUCAUUGAAUGUCAAUUAAUCAUUUGUGAUCAACAUUCCUCGCGGUUUACUCUAUUGGAACAUAGGUACAUUAUUUUUAAGUUUUUAACACUUUCAACAAAUUGAGUGUUGAUUAAAAAUGAUAAGUUUAGACUUAUACCACUGCUAUAUGUGGCACUAUUGACACAGAGGCAGUGGGCCUCCUAAAAUCAUCUAAUUUAUGACCAUUACGAAUAAAAUUAAUGAUUUUAAAUAUUGAUGAAUAUGUAAUUCUCCUAAUGUAAUGAAGGGCAUGUUGGUUUUGUUUAAAUAUUAUUUUAGAAAGACCUUGUAUUAUUAGCUAAGUUGUUUAUAAUCGUGACACAUUUUUUAUACUUCUUAGUUUUAAAAUUAUUAGUUGAAUCUAUCUUUUCCUGGCUUGUAUGUUCUUGUAGGGAUUGCAAUCCUUAGAAGCGUAAGUAAAGCCCCCCGUAUUUUAGUUUCCCUAUAUUAAGAUCUCUUUGUGGAACAAUGAAUUUCUUAUUGCUCUGUGUUAUUGCAGAUUUAGAUUUUGCUCAAGGAAUGUUAGUAAUUUGUCAUGUUUAAGUUUGUCUUUUUUAAGGUUGAAUAAUGUUAAUAGUUUUUUCAAGUGUUGCCAGCUACAAAAUAUAGAAUCGUGUUGCCAUAUUUUCAAAUUACUGUACCUCUUUCAAACCAAGUAAGAAAUGUUUAGAAGUAUUUUUGUACAAUUUUAAUAUAGCUAGCCUAGCUUAUACUCGUGGCUUAGUCUGCGUGGUAUAUAGUACCAACAAAAGAAACCCCAAAGUUUUCAUAGAAUAAUCAUGUUUUAAGUGUUUGGUGUUACGCUUGUGAUGUGAAAAAUCCAUGUAAUGUGCCUUUAACAUUUGGCUGCCAUCAUUAUUUGUAUUCACUCAAGGAAUUGUUAUACUUGUCAUUUUUCACAUAAUAAAAGGAAUUCAUUGUA